AAACCAGAGCAAUUCGUACCUGUAAUUAGUAUGGAGCAACUUAUGUUGACCAUACAGAUCCGGAGUUUAGAAUCUGAGAGUUCAAGAAAAUUGUACAAAUUCUCUCCCCAAAAGAAGGAUUUUUCUACGUAUAGUAACCUUCGACGCCACUCAAGUUAUUAUAUGCCGGAAAACCGCUGCCAAUAGCUGCUUUAUGAACGCGCAAAUGUUUGCCACCCUUUCAAACGCAAGCGAUGACCCUGCGCCGAACGACGACACUCAAAGCUUCGGCUCUGCUGCGAGCCCUUCUUCGCGCCGCACCACAGCGUCGACAUUUCCGAACUUGCAUCGAUGCCAGAACUGUCAAGACCGGCUUCGACCCCGCAACCUGCCGCUCCAACUUCCGGGUCAAGGACAUCCUCGAAGGAGGGGACCUGUCGCGCGCGCGGCGGGUGUUUGAUCAAAUGCCCAACAGAAACACGGUCUCGACUAACAUGAUGAUAUCCGGGUACGUGAAUGCCGGCGAUCUGGUGAGCGCGAGGAAGCUGCUUGACGGCAUGGCUGAGCGCACCGCGGUCUCGUGGACCAUCUUGAUGGGCGGGUACUUGCGGGCUGACAAGGUGAGUGAAGCAUUUGCUUUUGGGGAGAUGCACCGGAGUGGCACGGAGGCAGACUACGUGACUUUCGCCACAUUGUUGUCGGGCGUGCGUGACUCCGAUACAUUUAAUGAAGUGAUUCAAGUCCAUGCUCAGAUAAUCAAAAUGGGGUUCGAUUCGGUUCUCAUUGUUAACAAUGCGUUGGUAGAUGCUUAUUGCAAGUCUUGUCGGCUUGGCUUAGGUAGCCAGCUGUUCAAGGAAGUGCCUGAGAAAGAUUGUGUCACGUUCAAUGCAUUGAUAACUGGAUACUUGAAUGAAGGCUUGUUUGAGGAAGCGAUUAAUCUCUUUGUUGAGAUGCAAAAGUUGGGUUUCAGGCCUUCAGAGUUCACCUUUACGGCAAUUUUAGCUGCAGGUAUUGGGUUAGCUGAUGCAGGAUUCGGAAAACAGAUUCACAGCCUCGUUCUCAAGACUAAUUUCCUGUGGAACGUCUUUCUUGGGAAUGCAUUGUUGGACUCUUAUUCGAAGCAUGAUCAUGUGGAUGAAGCGAGGAAACUUUUUGACGAGAUGCCGGAGGUGGAUUGUGUUUCCUACAAUGUCAUCAUCACUGGUUAUGCAUGGGACGGGCAAGUAGAGGCUUGUCUUGGCAUUUUUCACAAACUUCAGUCUACUAGAUUUGAUAGGAGGCAAUUCCCUUUUUCAACCUUGCUUAGUGUGGCAGCAAACAUGGCCAACUUUGAAAUGGGUCGGCAGAUUCAUUGCCAGACCAUAGUGACAAAAGCUGAUUCGGAAAUUCUCGUUGGAAAUGCUUUGGUUGACAUGUAUGCAAAAUGUGCUAGAUAUAAGGAAGCUAAGAUGAUAUUUGCUGGUCUUGCUUGCAGAACCUCAGUUCCCUGGACAGCCUUGAUUUCUGCCUACAUUCAGAAUGGCCUCCAUGAAGAAGGCUUGAAACUGUUCAUUGAGAUGCAAAGAGCCAAUGUUAGUGCUGAUCAGGCUACUUUUGCUAGCAUCCUGAAAGCCUCUGCAGUUUUGGCAUCACUUUCACUUGGGAAACAAUUGCAUUCAUUUGUUAUCAGAUCAGGUUACAUUACAAACGUGUUUGCAGCGAGUGCACUCCUCGACAUGUAUGCAAAAUGUGGAUCCAUGAAAAAUGCAAUUCAAACUUUUGAAGAAAUGCCCGAGAGGAAUGUUGUAUCCUGGAAUUCUCUAAUUUCAGCUUAUGCUCAAAAUGGGGAUGGUCAGGCAACUCUUCACACAUUUGAAUCUAUGGUUAAGUCAGGUCUUCGACCUGAUUCUGUUGGAUUCCUCAAUGUUUUGUCAGCUUGCAGUCACUGUGGACUUGUUGAAGAGGGGUUAAAGUACUUUGAUUUGAUGUGUAAUACAUAUGCACUCGUUCCUAAGAGAGAACACUUUGCUUGUAUGGUUGAUGUGCUGUGUCGAAGUGGACGAUUUGGUGAAGCAGAGAAAUUCAUGUCUCAAAUGCCAUUUGAGGCUGAUGAGAUUAUGUGGAUGUCGGUUCUCAAUUCGUGUAGGAUACACAAGAACCAAAAACUAGCCAAGGAAGCAGCAGAUAAACUUUUUGCUAUGGAGGAGCUUAGAGAUGCUGCUUCUUAUGUCAACAUGUCUAAUAUAUAUGCGGCCGUAGGCCAGUGGGAUUGUGUCGUGCAAGUGAAGAAGGCAAUGAGGGAAAGAGGAAUAAAAAAGGUUCCUGCGUGUAGUUGGGUUGAGAUUAAACAGAGAACUCAUGUCUUUAUGGCGAAUGAUAAUUUGCAUCCCCAAAUAAAGGAGAUCAGGAGAAAAAUUGACACAUUGGCAGAAGAGAUGGAAAAAGAAGGAUACAAACCUGACACAAGUUGUGCCCUUCACAAUGUUGAUGAGGAAGUUAAGAUUGAAUCUCUUAAAUAUCAUAGUGAAAGAUUAGCAAUUGCAUUUGCACUUAUUAGCACACCUAAGGGAUCACCUAUCCUUAUAAUGAAGAAUUUGAGAGCCUGUACAGACUGUCAUGCUGCAAUCAAGGUGAUAUCAAGGAUUGUUCAAAGGGAAAUUACAGUUCGAGAUUCAAACAGGUUUCAUCACUUUAGAGAUGGAAUUUGUUCUUGUGGUGAUUAUUGGUAGGUUUUGCAUGGAAAAUUCCCUGCAAUGGAUGACAAGGUCACAAAAACGAGUUCUUGGGUUUAGUCGGGGCUAGAUGACUGUAAUCCAGUGUUGCUUUAUAUUGAGCAGCUGAUUUGAGUCAAUCAAUAGAAGCUACUAUUCUGGAGUUUAUGAUGACAAUUACUGCACUAGAGGGCACAAAGGCUAAAGAAACCUUUCUCAAUUGGUUAAACAAUGAGUGGGUCUCAGACAAAUUCCGGAUUAUAGCCACCAUUUGACAAUUACAUUUGUCGGCUCUCCUACUGGUAAUGCUUGUCAAUCUUCUGAGCCUCUCUUAAUGUGGAGUCUAUUUGUUGCACAGAAGUGUGAAAUCAUUGUGCAAUUGGAUUCAAUUAAACCAAGCUCAUGAAAAGACUUGUGGGGAGUUUGAUUCUGAAAUCGAUUAACCGAGGCAAGAUACCAGAAAAGACAGAAGCUGUUUAUAAACAAGGCGCAGCUGGUGGAGGUAUGUUUUUGCAUAUAGAUAUUUGAUAAAAUAUUUAAUAUAUUAAAUCACACUUUCAUUUAAUGGCUAAGCUUUUAAAAUAGUUAGCGGUAAUCCUCACGUCUUAUCAGAAACUGAAACCCUAACCCCUUUCUCUUCUCUGCGCACCCCUCUUUUCUCUUUCCUUGCCUUCACGCUCUCCCACAGCAGUUCCUUCUUACCUUCACUUUUGCUCUCUUUUACAGUGUAAGGCAGCACUAACAAGGUGAUUCUUUGAAUCUAGUGUCUGCCCUAAAUCUCACAUCCAUGAAAUUUUAAAGCUUCUUUGCAGUCUGCUGUAGAUGAUUCAACCUACAAUCUUGUUGGAUCUUCUUGUUUGAGAUUGUUUCUGCUUUGCCAUUGGCCUACAAUUCUCUCAUGUGUGGAGACCAAAGUACUGCGGUUUGUGGACCAUCAUAUUCCUUUUUUUCAGAUUCUUUGAGACCUCGCAAACAUCUAUUUUUCUUUUCCCCUGAUGUGAUUUGGCUGAUUUUUGGAGGACAACUUCAGCCUACUAUUAGAGGACUUCGAUCCAAUUUUUGACCUUUUCUGGCAAGAUUUGGUGGUUCAAUUGCUCCUUUCACACUUUUCGAGUCAAUUUCUGAGACAUAAUGUCUGAGGAUUCGAUUCUGAGCUUUGCACCUACAAGAGAUGGCUGUAUAGAUUAUACUACUUUUGCCACAAUCUGAAGCAUAUUUGAUAUGGUCUCGAUCUGCAUUCUUGACCAUUGCGGGGCAUUGGCUUACUGGGCAUAUUGACAGCACCUCUGUGAAGCCGGCUAUAUCAGGUGCUACUCAAGACAAUUGGAUCUCGAAUGACUCUUUGGUAAUGUCUUUUUUUGCUUAACUCAAUGUAGCCACAUAUUGCAAAGGGAUAUUUGGUUUUUGAUACUGGCAUAAAUUUGGUCAGCUGCAAGUGAUGCUUACGGUCAACUCGGGAAAGAUGCGCAAGUGUAUGAACUUCGAAAAAGGGUUCAUGACACCACUCAGGAGAUGACUAUAUUUUAAUAUUAUGCUGAUCUUCGGAGCUUGUGGCAAGAACUAGAUCAUUAUGUCGAUUAUUACCCAAUCAAUUCUGCAGACAUUAUUGCCUACAAGAAGCAUGUGGACAAGAUCAGAGUUUAUGAUUUCUUGGCAGGAUUAAAUGUUGAAUAUGAUUGAUACGUGUUCAAGUCC